UAUUUUGCAAUUCAACCAAUUCCUUAAAAUGUCGGUGCCAUUUAGUGGCACUCUUCGACGUUCGGGCGGCAUUGUUUCGGCCAUCGGAAAGCAGCUGAAAAGCAUCAACCUAAAAGGCGUCAAACGCAUCACACUCCAAUUUGAUCCGUUUGCGGAAAAUGUCAAGUCUACCCGCGAAUUCUUCUUCCUGCUCUCCACACCCAAGGUGAUCCAGACAAAUCCCAAGUGCGUGGUCAAGUCGGAUAUUGUGUGUGACCGUCAGGCGGCUUCGAUAAAGUUUGCCCUUAUUGAUUCGGCGCAAGAACAAGCUAAAGUAAAGGAGAUCCGCUUCAACAGUGGCAACCUGAACACCCUCGAGUUACUGGAGCUUUGCAACAAACACGUCUCCAGCUUGGCCCCACCCGAGGAGGUGACCAACAAGGUACUGACCAAGGCAGAGAAACAGAAGCUGGGCGGCGGCAGCAAGAAAGCGUUGAAGAAGAAGUAAAACUCUUUCAUCAUGGUA